AUGAAUGAAAAUGGAGACUUUAGGAGUGGGCAAGAUUUUAGCUCCUUAGACCACCUUAAGAAGAAUGUUAAAGCAUGGGUGGUAUCUAACAAUAGAAACAUCCGUGUAAUUGAGUCAGAGUCUUCAAAGUAUGUUAUCCAAUGUACUAAUGGGGUGGAGAGAGGCUGUGAAUGGAGGAUGCGAGCUAUCAUGACCGCCACUGGCUCAUUUAUGAUUGUGCAAUAUAAGGGUCAUAAUCAAGAUUGCUCAGCACACUACAGUGAUGACCAUCCCGUCCUUACUUCUGAUUUUGUUGUGGAUCUAAUAGUGGAUAUGAUCAGAGUUGAUCCAGCUUUCAAGGUGAAGAACAGUGGUGCAAUGGGAAGUCCAAUCGAUCCUACCAGAGUUAUGUUUCAGAGAAUUUUUCGGGCUUUCGGACCAUCCAUUAAGGGUUUUCCUCACUAUCGUCCCCUUAUUUGUAUAGAUGGUACACAUUUGUACGGAAAGUACAAAGGCACACUUAUGAUUGCUGUGGCGAUAGAUGUAAAUUCUCAGUUGUUCCCACUUGCCUUUGCCGUUGUGGAGGGAGAGAGCAACGACACCUGGCGUUGGUUUUUGGAAUGUAUAAGGCAUUAUGUCACUAAGAGAGAUGGCUUAUGUGUUAAAUCUGAUCGUCACAAGGGAAUUUUGCAUGCAAUGAACAGAGUUGAAAAAGGUUGGGAAGAGUCAUAUGCAUUCUAUCGGUUUUGUAAACGUCAUCUAGCUUUGAACGUGCAUAAGAAGUUCAAGAACAUAGCAACAUUGAUUCAUGAUGGUGGUCAUCGAUAUGGAGUGAAAACUACAAACAUGUCUGAAGCGUUCAAUGGCGUAAUGAAAGGGGCAGGUGUCUCCCAAUCACUUCAUUGGUUAGGAUGA